AUGAAGCAAGCAAGAGAAGAAUUGUACGAAAAAUACAUUAAUGCGAGAGAUCAAUACAGGAAUGAAUACGAUGAUAAACUGAAGCAGGAACUGGAACAGAUGAGGGUGCAGAUGGACGAAGAUAUUUCUAGACUGAAAACGAACACCAAAGAUAUUUCUGAGAGAGAAAUCAGAAGUUUAAGAGAAGCCAGGGAUAUGGCCUUGAAUGAAAAAAAUUUGGCGCUGAUGUCACAAAAAGAAGCAAUGAACAAAUAUGAACAACUUUUAUUGGAAUCCAGACAGCGUCAGUUGUCAGAAAGCACGAGAAUAGAUGAGAUGCAGAGUGUCUUAAAGACGAAAUCUUUUGAGCUCGAGCGCAUGCACAUGUUGCAUGAAGAGGCGCACAAUUCAUACAAAAUUUCUCAACAAUCCUAUGAAAAGUUACAGAAGAAGAUGGAUAUAUUAACGCGGGAGUACUACAACAUGCAGAUGACUUUUGAACGCAAAACCAACGAUCUGGAAAAUCAACUGAAAGAAAAAGUGAAAAUGUUGCAAACAUACGAACAACUGGAGGAUGAAGUUGAUCAACUGGUGCUGCAAGCCGCCGAGUUGACAAAUGAUGAAGAGAGUACUAAACUAGUCUCGAAGUUCAGCCAGUCAGUUCGUUUACCAUUGACAACAGAACGUAGAAUCAUUCAGUGUGUCUCCUUGGCUAAAAAAGUUAUUGAGUUUGAAAAAUUGAACACCCAGUUAAGGUCGUUGUUGGAAAAAGAGACUGCUCGAGCCAACCAACUCUCACAUGAGUUGAGCCAUCUGGAGAUAUUGAAACAUGAUGUCCAACAACCACAUUCAUUUCUUAUGCAAAAGGUCCAAGAGCGAGAUCAGCAAAUCAACCAUCUGAAAGAUGAAGUUGCUUCAGCGAAUAAAACUAUUGAGAAUCUACAAAAAGAAAUAUCAGUUCUCAAAUUAACCAAGGAGCAAAUGGCAAGUGACCUCGAAAAGCUGCUCAGUCAAGAAGAAGUUGUUAAUUCAUUUUAUUUAUAA